ACUAUGCAAACGACUUACAAGAAGCAGAAAAAUGCAGUUUUUGUAUGAAAGUUUUCUGGAAAAAGAGGAUCACGUCAGCUGUGAAGCUGAAGACAGUAAUCUGCCAGAGGCCGCGUUAGAAUGAUUUGUGCGACUAGUACUAGCGACACUUUUGGCCACAAUAAACACCUUCCCGGAACGGAUGUCUCAGGCAUGCUUCUCGGAGACUGCCUUGACAACAGCUGUAACGCGCUGUGUGGUUGCUGUGUGCUGGGAGUAACUUUCUCUGGGUGGCGGGGCGGGAUACUACCCCGGAUCCACGCUAUCAACGACGUUGUCCCACCUCAGCAGGAUGAGGAAGUCGAUGGCUUUGGCGAGCGAAGAGACAUCAACAUUCGUGAUGCAAGUGCGUACUUUUAUCCUUUUAGAGAUCUUCUACUUAGUGAUCAUGUGUCUGCAAGACCGGUCAAAACGCUAUGAAUGGUUCUGCUUUUGGGAAGAAAGUAAACAAACUUUUCGCCAUCGCCAUGAGGAGGCGACUCCAACUCUCUAUGCAUCACCACUGCGGUCGUUUCUAAAACAUCAUGAGAUAAAAUGACUAAUUAGCAUCGCGCUCAUCUCACCAGUAAGCAUAAGCAAUAAGCUUAGAUAUUAGAAGUCUACACGAGCUGCAGAAUCGAUUACAUUCAACCGCCGAUCGAGUUCGUACUUUCGAACUCAUCGCCAUAAUUUGGGCGUCUUUAAUGCAGUCGUUGUGGUAGUCGUUGUGGUACCGACCUAGUACAACGGCAGAUACGUGAGCAGUAAGGACUUUUUUCCGUUCCAUCUUUUUGCCCGCCCUCUGGCAGCGCCUUAUCGGUCCCUUCGCGACAGCUUUUGCAGAUGGACGGGUUUGUCGGAGGAUUUCUCUAGUACCGGAAGCGGGUUACUCGGCCCCGGCGAGGAGCAGCGAGCCGGUACUCCAGGACGUCGGCUGCAAAGUUCCCCUGUAUUUGACGCGGAGUUUGGCCGCAUUAUGGAGGAAAUUAUGGUCGAGGCACGCAAUGACAGAUCCCUAGCAAGAAGUUCUUGUGCCGGCGCUCUUACUACUCCUUCUAGAAGAAGACGCACUACAUCAGCUGCUUUGGCGGCGCAGUCGCGCACUUUGAGCCGAACGUUGGACUUGCGGCGCACGAGGCAGCUGCACCCCGAGAUGCGGCCCAUGACCAUGUUGAGUGUCGAUUCCACCUGGGAAGGUGGAGGAGAAGAUGAAGGAGAGUCCACUUCUACGCUAGAAGAUGGCGCCACCUCAUCAAAUCUUCACACCCUUCAGUCGGGAAUAAACACUGUAAUAUUGAGUCCCGCGAAACUCCUUGUAGCCGCCCUGGAAGGAAGCAGCAGCGUUGCUUGUGUUGAUCAUGUUAAAUGGGAAGCUGCUGGCGCUUCUGCAAGUAUUACAGGAGGACGACGUCGUUCUCCGUCUGGGAAACCAGUGGUCGCUGCAAAUACAAAUAGCACGUCAAGCGGGUCUACCUCUUCGCUUUUAUUUCGCCCCCGUGCAGCUGACGAGGAGCCGGCAGCCAGAAGAACUUCUGGCGAGGAACGUACUGUGGCGCAGAAAACAUCAAUGGAGCAGCAAACUCGCGAAAUCUGGGAAAACGGCCUGGAAAAAGUGAAAAGAGAAGUGGUGAGCCAGCUGGUGAAACUCGAGCUGCGAGAAAAUUAUGAGACGUUGAUGGGUCGUCGACGGCGUGAAGACGUGAUUUCUUCGGAUGAGGUGUUUCGUCCAGUAUAUUCGGAACGCGAUAUCGCUGCCUACAAGGCUGCGAAGACCCAACACACCCGAAGCCUGGAAAGAAUCUGGAAUGAUGCAAGAAUGCAAAAUUUCUUCCUGGAUUUGUGGACGGCGUACUGUUACGAUAAAAAGAUGAAAGCCGGACAGGUGCCGGUUUUUUGAAGCACGUAUUUGUUCAAAAUGAGAAAAUAGAGGGUAGACCCUUGCUACUAUCUUUAAAACAAAUACAGACCGCAGCCGUACUGCUCGCGCACUGUUAUUAUCUGCAUUUGGACCGAGCCUGCUAAGGCUUCUCAUUUACAACAGGUCUGCCUUUGAUUUGAUGAUGACGUAGGCGGAACUUACUACUUACUUUGUCCUGGCGACUCAUUGUUGAGGCGCUAUGUAGAAAAAUGUUGCAACUACGGCCUGGCUCCCGACGUGGCAACUUCUGAUAACAUAUAGGAAAAAUGGCUCUGCAUGUACGUACACGUAGUUUUUGUUCUCUCGUCCCUCCUCGAACAAUGUAGGAUUGAAUGAAUAAAUGUAAAAUCAACACUUGUUGCACG